ACAAAAACGUAUCAAAACAGUUUUAGCGCUAAAAUGAUCAUAUUCCCCACAUAUUUUGAGACCUCAGCAUCGAAACGCGGAAUAUGACGAAACGAUCGUGCCCCUUCGAAGAUGAUUAUAUACCUCAAACUAAAAUAUACCUAACUACGAAGGGGUACGAAAAAAGUAAUGUUAAAGCGAUGGAAAAUGUUUGGAACAAAACACGUGAUUUGCUGUUUGAGGGGGCUAAAAGAGAGAAAAAUAAGGAUGAUAAGGAGGAGGAGGUUUCUUAUGAAGAACAAUGUGAUUAUUGCCUUAAAAAAUUCGAUUUGUUGAAUGAUUGCAGGUUAUGUCAUCAUUGCUAUUGUUCAAGUUGUUCUUUGCCUAUCUAUGAUGAUGAAGUUACCGAGUUUAUAUGCUUAUCUUGUGCUUAGUUUCUAAUUCGUAUUUAAGUAACAGUUUAUUAUUAGUGUUAAUUAAUUUUAUUUGAUUCGUAAUUCUUGAUUCAAGUUUCACUUUGUAUUAAUAUUUAAGGAGUUAGUUGGAGGAAAAAUAAAGAUCUAUUUUUU